UAUCUGACAAAACAAAAUUUGAAGCGAUCACAAGCAGAAGUACAAAGGAAAAAGAUGUAUUUUCUUGUGUACCUCCAAUGCCUCUGCCAUCCCGGGUUAUAAACGCCUGAUUCCCCUCCAGACCAGUAGGUGGCGGUGAUGCUCCACAUCAUCUGGCUGCCAACCAUCUUCCGUUGCUAGGAUACAGUACAUUCCUCAGUUGCUUCUAUAACUGCUGUAACAAGAAGCGUUUGGUGGAGGAUAAACAGAUUUAAACUGCAGUCAGGCGAUUAUUUUCAGUCUCUAAACGACGAAUUUGAAGUUUUCAAGCCGAUUUACGAGCUGCUGGUAGCGGUUAGCUCGGGCUAAAGCUUCGCUAGUUCUGUUAGGUUUGCUUUCGGUACAUCAGGUAACGGUUUGAAGCUGAAGCUGCUGUAAUCCAGGUACCACCCGAAUCUCCUCAGGCAGCUGUGACCCAUGGAGCGGACAGACCGGGGAAAGGACCCCCAGCUGCUGAGGAACCAACCCUACGACGAGAGUCUGGACGUGGAGGACGGAGAGGAGGUACCGAGUGUCUACAGCCCGACUCCCCGAGGACAGAGACAGACAGAGUGGAGCAGCAAUAAGGUUCUUGGCAUCAUGUCCACCAGCAGCAGCAGGAUCCCGCUGGAUGAGAAGCACAGACCUGUGAGGGCCACAGAGCUGGCGGGGCUGAAGCCAGGGCCCGGUCUGACCCAGGAGGAAGAGGAGGAGGAAGAAGAGGAGGACUCCGAUGAGGAGGAGGAAGAAGAGGAGGACUUCGAUGAGGAGGAGUCUGAUGAAGAUGAUGAUGACGAUGAGCCCACUGAAACUCUGGAGGGAGUGUACGACCCUGCAGACUACUCCAACCUGCCGGUUACCACGGAGAUCAGAGAGCUGUUUCAGUACAUCACCCAGUACUCUCCUCAGAACCAGGAACUGGACCUCUGCCUCAAGGUCUUUAUCCCGGACUUCGUCCCAGCUGUAGGAGACGUCGACAAAUCCCUAAAGGUACCGAGGCCAGAUGGGAAACCAGACAACCUGGGCCUACUGGUUCUGGAUGAGCCCAGUGUGAAGCAGUCGGACCCGACGGUUCUGUCUCUGUGGCUGUCGGAGGAAACCAAACAGCACGGAACCACAGAGGUGGAUCAGUGAUCCUGCAGAGUCCUGUCCUCCCUGUGAUGGAGGGAGAUGACGUCACUCUGAGUUGCAGAGCAAAGAAUCCAACCCACAACCUCCCAGCUGCUUUCUAUAAAGAUGGCUCCUUCAUUGGUGAUGGACCAUCAGGUCACAUGACCCUCCUCCAUGUUUCCAGCUCUGAUGAAGGCCUCUAUAAAUGUAACAUCAGCCGUCAUGGAGAGUCUCCAUCCAGCAGGAUCUCUGUCAAAGGUCAGAGAAAAACCUUCAACUUUAGCUCCGCCCACUUCUCCACCUCCUGCCUCUCUCCUGAUCAGACGGGUCUGCCACCUGCUGGUCUUCUGUCCGUACUGCAUCUCCACUCUCCUCAUGGUGUCUUUAUGUCAAAGCAGGAAAUCAGGAAGUGAUCUACCAGCCCUCUCUGAUCAAGGAUUGGAUGAUGAGUACAAUGAUGUCACCACAGAGCAUCACUUCUGAGCUAUCAUCUCCCUUCAGUAUCGACUUCUAUUAACUUUAUUCUGAAAAGUUUGAUCUAAGUAAACCAGAACUAAGAUAAAUAAAGAUUUGUUUUAAAUGUAAACAGAUUUAGAGUUGAGCAAGCUAAGAAACGCUCUUUUGUUUUUUCAAUAUUUCACGUCCUUUCAUUAUAUUUUGUAAUUUAAUCUUCUACUUGCUGAAUUCUUGUCUUUUCUUCAGUAGGUUGGUUGAUUGAUUGAUUGAUUGAUUGGUAGAGCCGAAUUUAUUGCUGAAUGUUUUGCUUCGUUUUGUUAAUAAAUUCUCAGACUGAGUCAAA